AUGAAUUCAUCUUUUCUUUUGUUGUUCAUUUAUAAUUACUUUUUUUUUAGCUCACAACCAAAACACAAACGUCCUACACUCUCGGGACAAUGUCUACAAUGUAGCAAUAGAAUUAAUGAUUGGUGUCUCAAUUGUCCAUCAUGUAUUGCCAGUGGUAAACCGAUUAUUGAAUAUGCUUUUUGGAUUCGUCCAGCUUGUAAACAUCAAGGAUUAGAAAGUGAAAUGGCUUGUCUUGAUGUCUGUCCUUUUUGUCAUUCAUCUGUAAAUGGUUAG